UCCUCACGACUACAAGCCCGUAGAGCCUCUCCGCAGGGAAUAUCAAGCAAAUGAGGCAACUACGGAUACUCCCUUGGAUAACGUCUCUGUUAGUGCUUCACUGGGGGAAGCAGACUGCCCUGACACUGUCGUUUGCUCCCCGCAAAACCAUCCUGUCCACAACGAGCAUCUUUUACCCGAUCACCAGGAAGUACUCGUCGUCGAGGAGGUGGGCACGGUCAACGCUGUGCCAGUACAAAGUGAAGCGCCCUCGGAGUACGCGGAAGUAGUCUUUAGGGAGGAGCAUCGAUCAGAGAGCGUCUGCCACCCUGCCGUCGACUUAGAUAAUGCCGACGGCGACUGUCACUCACACCCAAUUCCCGUCACCAUGAUUAGUGUACUCCAUCAACAGCUCAGGAAUGGUGAGAUUACGCCAGAGGAGCAUCAGGAGAUCACGGAGUCCAUUGUCCAAUCCACCAUCCCACGUAACCUCUCGGACAGUCCGGAGACACGCAAACCAGUCGGUGUUACUAAACUGUACGCCUGGGAGCCGCCCCCAGCCGAGACUGAUGAUUCAGGUGAGAAGGGAGACGCGGACAAUGAAGAGGAGCAGAAGGCGGAGGAGGAGGAUGACAACUCGGAGACGUGCAGCGCCUCCUCCAACUUUCUUAAUCGGGUCCUGCGGUGCAAUGUGGCGCUGGAGAACGCGCGAGUCGAUUCCUCCCGGGGUCUCCUGACAGGCACCAUCCGAGUUAAGAGCCUUGGCUAUGAAAAACACGUCUCUGUGCGGAUAAGCUACAAUGAUUGGGCCACCUUCUGUGACCUACCUACCAACUAUGUGCAGGACUCCCACGACGGUGUCACUGAUCGGUUUUCCUUCUCUGCCAUCUUCCCCGUCACUGUUGUUGCCAACGAGAAAGUCCAGUUCGCCAUCCGGUACGAGACGCACACCGGCGAAGUCUUUUGGGACAACAAUAUGGGUGAGAACUAUUGUAUCAUCUGUCAUGCCAAGGCUACGGACAUGGCAGGGGACGGCUCGUGGGUGCAUUUCCUCUAA